AGAGACGCCCUUGUCGCCAUGUUUGUUGUGGGCAGGCGCCUGAGGCUGAUGGCUGGUAAGCCGGGCACCGCGGUGCGCUGAAGCUAGAGAUUCCGAAAGGGGGUUCGGGUAGUUCGCUCCGGAGAAGUCUGAGAAGAGGGGUUGCUCCCGUGAUCCCAGGCCUAGCUGUUUCCCAUAUUCCUUUAUCCGCCUGCCUUUGAAGGAGACCAGACUCCGGCUCCGCCCGGCCCGUGCCGGGUGGUCUGCGGCCCCGAGUCCGUGACCAAGCCCUCCGAGUAAUCGACCUGCCCUCGGGUGCACCAGCGGGUCCCAACGUGGGGGACCCCUCCAUCCGCAAAGCCAGGGUCCUAAAGAUUGCUCUGGGAAAAGGGAAGGAUGCCGCUCUUCUUCCGGAAGCGGAAACCCAGUGAGGAGGCUCGGAAACGCCUGGAGUACCAGAUGUGUUUGGCAAAAGAAGCUGGGGCAGAUGACAUUCUCGACAUCUCUAAAUGUGAGCUUUCAGAGAUUCCAUUUGGAGCUUUUGCAACAUGCAAAGUUCUGCAGAAGAAGGUGCUGAUCGUCCACACGAAUCACCUCACUUCCCUGCUUCCCAAAUCCUGCAGCCUCCUUAGUCUGGCAACCAUCAAGGUUCUAGAUCUCCACGAUAAUCAGCUGACAGCCCUUCCUGAUGAUCUGGGGCAGCUGACUGCCCUCCAGGUCUUAAACGUGGAAAAGAAUCAACUGAUGCAGCUCCCGCGUUCCAUUGGGAAACUGACCCAGCUCCAGACUCUCAAUGUUAAAGACAACAAGCUGAAGGAGCUUCCAGACACCCUGGGGGAGCUUCGAAGCCUGCGUACCCUCAACAUCAGUGGAAACGAGAUCCAGAGGUUGCCACAGAUGCUGGCUCACGUUCGAACCCUGGAGAUGCUGAGCCUCGACGCCUCGGCCAUGGUCUACCCACCGCAGGAGGUGUGUGGUGCCGGCACCGCGGCCAUUUUGCAGUUCCUCUGCAAAGAGUCAGGGCUGGAAUACUACCCCCCUUCUCAGUACUUGCUGCCAGUUCUGGAGCAAGAUGGAACCGAGAACUCUCGGGACAGCCCUGAUGGGCCCACGGACAGAUUCUCAAGGGAGGAGUUAGAGUGGCAGAACAGGUUCUCAGACUAUGAGAAGAGGAAGGAAGAGAAGAUGCUGGAGAAACUCGAGUUUGAACGGCGCCUGGAACUGGGGCAGCGGGAGCACGCCCAGCUCCUUCAGCAGAGCAGCAGCCAGAAGGAUGAGAUCCUUCAGACGGUCAAGGAGGAGCGGUCCCGGCUGGAGCAGGGCCUGAGUGAGCGCCAGCGCCACCUCGACGCAGAGCGGCAGCGGCUGCAGGAGCAGCUGAAGCAGACAGAACAGAACAUCUCCAGCCGGAUCCAGAAGCUGCUGCGGGACAAUCAGAGACAAAAGAAAAGCUCCGAGAUUUUGAAAUCGCUGGAAAAUGAAAGAAUAAGAAUGGAACAGUUGAUGUCCAUAACCCAGGAGGAGACUGAGAACCUGCGGCGACGUGAGGUUGCCUCUGCCAUGCAGCAGAUGCUGACUGAGAGCUGUAAGAACCGGCUCAUCCAGAUGGCCUACGAAUCUCAGAGGCAGAACUUGGUCCAGCAGGCUUGUUACAGCAUGGCCGAAAUGGAUGAACGAUUCCAGCAGAUUCUGUCAUGGCAGCAAAUGGAUCAGAACAAAGCCAUCAGCCAGAUCCUGCAGGAGAGCGCGAUGCAGAAGGCUGCAUUCGAGGCACUCCAGGUGAAGAAAGACCUGAUGCAUCGGCAGAUCAGGAGCCAGAUUAAGUUAAUAGAAACUGAGUUAUUGCAGCUGACACAGCUGGAGUUAAAGAGGAAGUCCCUGGACACAGAGACGCUCCAGGAGAUGAUCUCGGAGCAGCGCUGGGCCCUCAGCUCCCUGCUCCAGCAGCUGCUCAAAGAGAAGCAGCAGCGAGAGGAAGAGCUCCGGGAAAUCCUGAUGGAGUUAGAAGCCAAAAGUGAAACCAGGCAGGAAAAUUACUGGCUGAUUCAAUAUCAACGGCUUUUGAACCAGAAGCCCUUGUCCUUGAAGCUGCAAGAAGAGGGGAUGGAGCGCCAGCUGGUGGCCCUCCUGGAGGAGCUGUCAGCUGAGCACUACCUGCCCAUCUUUGCACACCACCGCCUCUCACUGGACCUGCUGAGCCAAAUGAGCCCCAGGGACCUGGCCAAGGUGGGUGUCUCAGAAGCUGGCCUGCAGCACGAGAUCCUCCGUAGAGUCCAGGAACUGCUGGAUGCAGCCAGGAUCCAGCCAGAGCCGAAACCACCAACGGGUGAGGUCGUCACCCCUAUGGCCCCCCAGGAGCCUCCUGAGUCUGUGAGGCCAUCCGCUCCCCCUGCAGAGCUGGAGGUGCAGGCCUCAGAGUGUGUCGUGUGCCUGGAACGGGAGGCCCAGAUGAUCUUCCUCAACUGUGGCCACGUCUGCUGCUGCCAGCAGUGCUGCCAGCCACUGCGCACCUGCCCGCUGUGCCGCCAGGACAUUGCCCAGCGCCUCCGGAUCUACCACAGCAGCUGAGUGCUGCCUGCCCACCUGGGCCUGGUCCUGGCCCUGCCUUCAGCCACUGUGGGCCCCGGGCUCCUGCUCAGCCUUGUGCCAGCCAGACUCGUAUGAGGCUCCUCCUGCCCUGGGCCCCUUCCCCACCGCCCAGGAGCCCCCAUCCUAAGCUCCAAGCACGUCUGGGCCAGGCAGAGGUGCUCCUGAUCCAUGACACCACCAGUCUGAAUGGUCCCGGGGGCUGGGGCUGGAGAGUCCGCUGCACGACCACCCGAGCCUGGGAGCGAGCGUCCCAGCCUAAUCACAGAUUUGCUGCCUCCCAGCUGUCUUGACUGAAGGCCACCGCCCCUGCAGGAGCUUGGGUCCUCAUCUGGGGGCCAUGCACAGUCCCGUCCCACUCUGCAUGUGGAAGGGAGCAGGAGGGCCUGGCUGGGUGAGGGGAGGCCUUCCUGGGAAGGUGUGUGGUGCAGGCCUGUGCUCACAGUGGCAGCAGCACCCCUGGGCCUCCCUCUCUGCGCUCCCCAGAACCCUGGGGCCCUCCUGCUCUCCACAACUGUCCCUCCUUACCCCAUGUAGCUCGAUCCGAAGCAGGAGUGUCAAUAAACCUGUCUUCAGCGCG